AGCCGGUCCGCAGGCCAGGCGGAAGUAGUGUAGGCAAGACGGCCCCCGCCUUGAAGGCGCAGCGCCGUGCUGCAGAGCCGGGUCUUGGCUCAUGAACCUCGGCCCAAGAUGCCGCGCUUCGCUUUGACUGUCAUCCGCCAUGGCGAAACAAGACUUAAUAAGGAGAAAAUCAUUCAAGGACAAGGAGUAGACGAACCCCUCUCCGAGACUGGCUUUAGGCAAGCAGCCGCCGCUGGUCAGUUUCUGAACGGUGUGCAGUUUACGCACGCUUUCUCCAGCGAUCUCACGAGGACUAAGCAGACCAUCCAUGGCAUUUUGGAGAGGAGCAGAUUUUGCAAGGACAUGGCAGUGGAGUAUGACUCCAGACUUCGAGAAAGGAAGUACGGGGUCGUGGAAGGCAAGCCGCUAAGCGAGCUCCGGGCCAUGGCCAAAGCUGCGGGGGAAGAGUGUCCCAUGUUCACCCCACCCGGAGGAGAGACACUAGAGCAGGUGAAAACGCGUGGGAAAGAUUUCUUUGAUUUUAUUUGUCAGCUAAUCCUGGGCAAGGCUGGCCAGAGGGAAACCUUCCUCCCUGGAACUCCAGGCCGCUGUUUGGAGAGCUGUUUGGCUGAGGUUUUCCCCGUAGGAAAACGUGGCAGCUUGGGUCUGCAGCCCGGUGGUGGAUCCCCCAGUUUAGCAGCCAGCGUCCUAGUUGUAAGUCACGGAGCUUACAUGAGAAGCCUCUUUGGUUAUCUCCUGAGUGACCUCAAAUGCUCAUUGCCGGCAACACUGGGCAAAUGUGACCUUUCAUCCAUCACUCCCAACACGGGGAUCAGUGUCUUUAUCAUAGACUGCGAGGAAGGACGGGGGCCAGCGAUUCAGUGCGUCUGCAUGAACCUCCAGGAGCAUCUGAACGGAGUGACUGAAAAGCGCUGAGGUUAAAACCCUGACACUCUGCAGCCUCUGAAGGGAGCGCCUUGGCCUGUUGUGUUUGUGUCCUCUGCCCCUGCUAUUUCAGAAGCACUUAAGAAUCCAUGUGGUGAAGUCCUGCUGGGGUCCUGGCAGUAUCAGACUGGUGCAUUCCGUCUCUGAAUUAUUAGCGUGUGAGGACAUGCAGCAUUGCACGCUGGGAGAUUAAUGGCCU